AUGCGCAAAUGGAUGCAAACAUGGAUCCUGCCAAUUUUGUUGUACAGACUAUACUUUCAUUGUAUCCUUCUAGCAGGAAAUGUGUCUAUCGCUUGCAAUGACAUGAUUCCAGACCAACUAGCUGCAAGUGUGAACUGUUCCACCAGUCCUGAACGGCACACCAGAAGUUACGACUACAUGGAAGGUGGAGAUGUAAGAAUACGGAAACUUUUCUGUCGAACACAAUUUUAUCUGAGGAUUGAUAAAAAGGGCAAAAUCAAAGGCACAGUUAAUCCCAGCUGCAAUUACUGUAUUCUGGAAAUCAGAACUGUAGCCAUCGGAGUGGUGGCUAUCAGAGGUGUAGAAAGUGACUAUUACCUAGCAAUGAACAAAUCUGGGAAGUUAUAUAGCAAGAAAACCUGCAAUGAAGACUGCAAUUUUAGAGAGCUUAUAGAGGAAAAUAAUUACAAUACAUAUGCUUCUGCAAAGUGGACACAUAAUGGUCAACAAAUGUUUGUAGCGUUGAAUCAAAAGGGAGUAAUAAUUAGAGGCAAAAGGACAAAGAAAGAAAGUAGAUCAUCUCAUUUCCUUCCAAUGGCAAUAUCAUAA